AUGGACACCGUUCUCGAGGAAGUCACUUGUUACAAAUAUGGAAAGCUUAGGCAUUAUGCCAAUAAAUGCACCUUCAAUAAGAAAGUAUGCUAUGGGUGCAUUGAAGAGGAUCACAUUUUGAGGGACUGUCCGAAGAAGAAAGAGGCAUCAAAGCCCAAUCUUCCACCAAAACCAAAAGCGAGAGCUUUCCAAAUGACAUUAGAAGCCACAAAGGAUGCAGCGGAUGUCGCUUCAGGUACCUUUCUUGUAAAUAGAUUUCCUGCCAAUUUAUUGUUUAAUUCCGGAGAGAAUUACUCCUUUAUAUCACAUAAAUUUGGUGAAAGAUUAGCAUUGCCUAUAGAAGAAUUUGAUGAUGCCCUAAUUGUGGAAGUUGCUAGUGGCAAAUUCAUACGUGUUCGCGAUUAUAUUAUGAAUAUCGUCAUCGACCUGAACGGAAACGAAUUCCUUGAGAAGAUGUUACGCAUUGUGUUGAAUGGCUUUGACAUCGUUCUAGGAAUGGAUUGGCUUAGUGUCAAUGAUGCCAAAAUACUUUGCAAGAAAAAGAUAGUAAGGAAAGAAUUGAAUAUAAGACAAGGGCGCUGGCUAGAGUUGCUUAAGGAUUACGAUUGUGAAAUCCUUUACCACCCUGGUAAAGAAAAUGUUGUAUUUGAUGCUUUAAGCCGAAAAGUGAGUCUUGAAAAGAAAAGGCCAAAGGCAUUAAGAAUUAAAGUUGUUUCAACAACUAUAGAAACUAUCAAGAAAGCUCCGAUAGAAGCUUUAGAGAAAAAUGAUCGAAAAUAA